AUGGUUUUUUACUUUUCUUUAGGCUUUGUUCAUUCAGCUUAUUUAUUUGGUCUUGAAAGUCAUAUUGCUCAUACAUCAAUUAAUGGCAAUAGUGUACCACCAGGUGCUCUUCUCUCACUUAUACAGAAGGGUCUUUAUUAUACUGAAGCUGAAUUAUCUAUUGGUGAUGAUGGACAAGAACGAACAUGUGAUAGUCUAAGUUUAAUCGAUGCAGUCGUACCAGAUUUCGUUGAAAAUCGUCGUAAAGAACUUCAGCAACUACAACAACAACAGCAGCAACAGCAACAACAACAAUCGACAUCAUCAUCAUCAACAGGACCAUCGGGAAAAAUCGAACCGAAAUCUUCAUCUCGGACUACUACUCUUUCAUCGAAUAAUAAUGAUAAAGAUCGAUCACCGAUGCCUCACCCAACAAAUACAUCACCACAAUCCAUAAAUACAACAUUAUCUGAUCGUUCGAAUAUAGACUCAUCAUCAACAAAUGGUGGAGUUAAUUAUCCUAAUUCAUCAGCAUCAGAAUAUGGAUCAUCAUCAUCAUCUUUGAGACCAUUUAAUGCAACGCUAACAGGACGUUCACAUUCACCAGCAACAGCUCAAUCACAUUAUUCUCAUAAUCAUCCGUCAUCAUCCUCUCAUUCAAAUACAAUUCAAUCAUCAGCAUCAACUGGAAAUUUUUCUCAAAUACCAAAUGGAAACGAUAAUAAUUCACAUUCAUCCUAUACCAAUAAUACGAAUCAUAUUGCUAUACCUAAACAUGAACCUAUGGAAUAUGAAACAA